UUUAUAAAUCGUUUUUCCUCCAGUUCAAUUUAAGAAGAAAAGACUUACAUAUGAAUGCACGCUUGAAUAUACUUUUGUGAUUUGCAUGACUGACAAUGAUCGACCCGUCAGGGAAACAUUGACACUCGGGCACUCACGACAACCCGCUUCAUUUAUGAAAAUCAUAUCUGAAAAACGGCCCAUCAGGCCAAAGCAAAUGUUGAAAUAUUGCAAGUUAAUAGAGUCUUUACUUAUUUUGGUCAUAGUGUCAGGAUCAUACUUAUCUGAUGUGCAAGUGCCUGUGGGAAAAUAUCCAGGAAUGGUGUAUAUCCAUACAAAUAUAAACAACGAGACGCACAUAUGCGGUGGGUCGCUAAUAAAUUCCGAAUUUGUUCUCACUAUCACAAAAUGCCUGAAGCAAUCAAAAAGGGAGCCUGAAUUUUAUCAAAUAAUUGGUGGCGAUUAUAAUUAUGACAUUAAUUUGAAUGGGAAUAAGACUACUCGUCAGACAGUACAUGCUGCAAAAUUUUUCAUAAACAGGGGUUCGCAAAACUCUCUUGCAUUAAUUCAGCUGGCACGCCCAAUACAGAUCAACGAAUAUUUUCGACCUAUAGAAUUGGUUCAGGCAAAUCCACCUAGUGAUGCAGUUUGCACAGUUGUUGGAUGGAACUUGAAUGCUACUGGGGAGCAGAAAACAGAGCUCCAUUAUUCCACGCAAUUUCUUCUUGUAACUGAUGUUUUUCUGGUGCCAAUGGACAUAUGUGAAAACUCUCAAGGAACCAAAUUGAAUACUGAAAAAUUUAUAUGCGCUGAAAGUUUAGAGGAAAAUCAAGGAAAAGUUCAGGGGGUGGAGGGAGCUCAACUACUUUGUAACGGGAAACUUGCUGGAGUGGUGUUCUGUGGAAUACAAUAUAUGCACAAGGAUCUACCAUGCGCAUAUCUUUCGAUACCAUAUUAUAGUAAUUGGAUUUAUAAAACUGCUGGUAGAGGGGACGAUAUCAAAAUUACGAAAGGCAGUGGCCACAGAUUGCAAAUAAGCAAAAAAUCAAAUGGCCUGACUAAGAAGGACUAUGUCAAUCAUAAGUUUAAUAUUUUAUAUGUCCUUAUUAUUUUUGAAUAUGUUUUGUAAAUAUGGAAAAUAGAUAUUUAAACAGAAAUAAACGCAACGAUUCAGUUGACUAGAAAUUUA